AUGACCAGUCAAGAGGAAAGGCCAGACUUCAUUGUCGGAAUUGACUUCGGCCAAACAUAUACAGGUGUCGCAUGGAGCAACUUGGCUACCUCAACUACGCAAAGUAUCCAAGAUUGGCCAGGACUCCCCCCAGAUUCAGUAGAAACGAAGGCGCCAACAAAAAUCAUAAUACCUCACGAUGGCGCCGAGCCAAGAUGGGGCUUCCUUUGCAACUUAGAAGAUGAAUACCAAGGUGUGGGCGAAGUUCACGAACAUUUCAAAAUAUACCUCGAUCAAGAAACCAUAGAUUCGGCUCGAAAGGAGGGAGUGAAAAACGUGGUCGGAACAACAGAGGAAGCUCUGAAAUUAGUAACAGAAUACUUGAGACAGAUUCAUCAGCACAUCAAAUUUUCGAUCGAGUCGCAAACAGGGCCAUGGACUGAGAAGAAGAUCGAGUUUCUCUUCAGUCUGCCCACCACUUGGACAUCAUUCGAGACGACGAAUAAAUUCAACAAAGCCAUUGUCGCAGCCGGCUUCAGUUCAGAUAACCCCGCGAAGCACUCUGCAAAGUUAGAGCUUACAGAAGCAGAGGCCGCAGCUGUCUAUGUCGCGACGAAUCCGCAAGUUGCAUUGCGCAACAAAGACAUCAUCCUGAUCUGUGAUGCUGGUGGUGGAACGACGGACCUUGGACUGAUAGAAGUGCACGACGCAGACCCCAAGCAGCCGCUGUUGAAGCAAGUCGCCGCUGUAAAAGGAGUUGGGGUUGGAUCCACAAUGAUUGAUAGGGCGUUCGAGGCACUUGUGCAGAGGAAAUUAAAUGCGCACCCGGAUGCUAUGCUACCGAAAGAGCUUGCCCAUAAAAUCGCCAGAGGAUCGUCUUUUCAAUCUAUCAAACACAAUUUUGGUACAAAAGCCGCGACACAGGAAGUCUACAAACUGGCUUUAGAUCGACUGGGACUUGGCAUCAGUCCACAAUUCGAACAUCUGGGCCUGGGCAUCAGUUCUGGAAAAAUGCGAUUCCUAAGAAAUCGCGAAAGUGGGCCGAAAUGCAAUGGAGAUGAGAAGAUUGAGAUCCAUGAGAACUGGGACCAAGUCCCCAGAAACCCUAUAUUGAGUUUAUUUGUUGAGGAAACUAGAAAAGGAAGACAAAUCCAAGAACUAUUCGACAUUCAGAUCAUAGCAAUCAUACGCCAAAUCACGCAACAGCUGGACUGGAUGCAAAUAAACAGAUUCAGCGAGCAAGUGAAAAUGUUAGUCCUAAGUGGAGGCCUUGGAGGGUCCCAAUACGUCAAAACCAAGAUCCAAGAAUUCUACACCGAAAAGCCCCAUCCAAACGCAACAAAGCUCUCGAUACUAAAGUCGCAGGAGCCGCGACUAGCGGUUGUGAAAGGGUUAGUUCUUGAUCGGAGACAGAAAUUGGAUUCUGGGACUGCUACCUUGAAGACUAGAAUUGCUCGAGCUAGUUACGGAGUUCUGUGUCGACAGCCUUAUGAUCCAAGAAUACACGUCGAUGCGGAGAUCGUGACUGAUAGUUUCAAGAAGAAGCAGAAGUGGGCACUGGCGCAAAUUGAUUGGCUCAUCGUAAAGGGUGAUACUAUUGACACGAGCGGUGCGCACGAGCGCACAUUCUCGCGGAAAUUGGUACCGGGAGAUCCAAAUCGCAUCUGGCGCACGAUGAUUGUGAUCUCACAUGAAGACAGGAAGGAUCUGCCAAGGAGUUACAAACAUCCUGGCGCCUUCAAACUCUGCGAGAUAGAAUCAGACUUGACCGGCAUCGGCGAAAACGAAUUCGAGCUCAAAAACCGAAAGAUCUGGCAAGGGAAGAAAUUCUACAUCGCCACGUUUUCAGUGAAGGUCAUCAUAGCGCCCGCGGAUCUGAGGUUCGAGUUGUGGUUCAAGGGGAUGAAGUAUAAUAAGGGCCAUGAUGCGAUUACGGUGCAGUGGGAUGAGGUUGGGGCGGCUGUUAAGCCGAAGAUGAAUGGUGGAGCUGCGUGGGAGUUGGAUGCUAUUCCUGCUACGCCUCAGGGGGUUCUUGAGCUACCUUAA